AUGACCCAGAGGCGCAAGUCUUCUGUGGGAUCGCACCCGCCGCCACCCAAGUCUGUGGCAGACAAGGCUGCUGCAGCGGCUGUUGUGCUAAACCGCUACCGUCUUGAAUACCAGAAUGACUGGGAUAUACCCGCGUCAAUAAUAACUUCGAAAGAGCUCAUCAAAGGAUUCAUUGAUCGCAAAGAGUCGAUUGAGCUCAUCUUACCAGCAUUCCCUUUCAAGUCGUCCAAUAAGUCGCAAAAGGUGCUUGGUUCGCUCCCAGAUGAAGCAGAACGCGUCUCAUUGUUGCACCUCAAUGGACUUUGCGAAUCUAUCAAGGAGGUGACAGAAAAUGACUGUCAUCUAACAAUCAUCUCAGACGGCAUUUCGUACAAUGAUCUCUUAGAUGUCUCUGAUAGCGAAGUGUGGACGUACGGCCAGACUCUACGCUCCAUGGCUCAGGAAAUGGGAUGCAGCAACAUCCGGUUUUCACGCAUUUACGAGCUCUUGGGAUCAGAGUACAGCCAUUAUACCACGUUAACGGAAGAAGAAUAUCUUCGCAUGGUCCCCGAGUUUCGAAAAGGGCUCGAAAGCAAUCUGCCCGAUGGAUACAAUGUCGCAGAAGAAAUCUCAAAUAAUGCGGAUGUGACCGCUACAUACCGCGGCUACAAGAAGUUCCUGGAGACCGAGCGAGACACCAAGCUCAGCCGUUCAAGAGCCGACAAGGAAAAUGCCGAGAUUGCCAAACGCAUGCUGAAUCGCGGUAAAGCUUUCGCGCAAGCUAUCAAAAAGAGAUUCCCAGUCUCUGUCCGUCUGUCAAUCCAUCCCUCUACCGAUGUUGACAAAAUCUCGAUUGCGCUGUUGCCCCAGGAUAACGAUGUGCCCAUGACUCCUUGGCACGGCGCCGUUGUACGCAAAGUUGACGGAACUAUUACCAUGAUGCAUGCCUACAAGGUUCUGGCUAUUUCCCAUGAGAUUGUUUACAAGAAUGGUCGUCCCAUGUACUUCAGGGAGCGAUCUGACCUCUUCUCGUGGAAUGAAAAGGACCUGGACUUUGAGUACCUUUACCCAACGGGCAUGAUAGUUCGACCACGACACGUCCGAUCUGCCAAGAACGCGCUCUGCACUGUCGAUAUGCAAAAAGUCCGCCAAUUGUCUGAGCUAUGCUCUCCUGUUGUCCUCCGUGGCUUCACAGACACUAGGGACCGCCGCGCCUUUACCGCCAAAGCAUAUGACCUCGGCACGGUUUUGCCUUGGAAGUCGGGCGUUAUCCAGGAAGUCAAAGAUGAGCGCAAUUCGGAUGCCUCGAGCAACAGCGUUGUUUCAAAAGAGGCUAUGCCCAUGCACUUUGACGGCAUGUUCAAGCUGAAAACCGUCAAGGAUGAGAAGACGGGAGAAGACAAACAGGUGUCUGAUGUUCCGCGGUUUCAGUAUUUUGUUUGCCAGGCGGCCGCGCCUCCCGGAGACGGCUACACGCUGUUUUCGUCUUCGAACCGGUUUGUGCAUUACUUGCCGCAGUCUUACAACAUUAAGAAGCUGUCCAAGAUCCGUUGGAGCACUCAUAGCCAUGGCUAUUUCCAGCAUGAUAUGAGCGACAUUUCGCUGAUUGUGCCGCAUCCCUCGCUGGGGACGCCGUGCGUACGCUGGCUCCAGCCGUGGCCUCGCUGGAAGACUGCUUACAACUCCCAUGACAUUAGCAUCGACAACGGCUCGCAGAAUCUCAUUUCUCUGGUUGAUUCCAUUCUUUUUGAUCGCCGAGUCUGUCUCUAUUUCACCUGGGAAAAGGGCGACAUACUGGUGUCUGACAACUUUUCGAUGCUGCAUACACGCACUGCAUUUAGAGGAGAUUGUGACCGCGAGCUGUGGCGUAUCCACGUUGACUAG